AAUUGAUGAAAACUUUCUAACCUUUUUAAUUAUUGCACGAGAAGACGAGGGAGAGAAUGAUUGUUUCCUGUUUCAAGUAAUUCAUAGCGUCACUUUUGGUGUGCGUAUACAUAAUCUCUGGCAAGGUUUCCAUCUCUUGCUGACAGGUCAUCAGCAAUUCUUACAGGAUACAAAGAGGUUACAUCCCAGCUAUUGCAUUGCAUCUAAAGCAUCCUGGUCAUGGGUUCUUUACAAGGAUCUAAGUAAAUAUUCGACUAGAGUCAAAAAGACUGGUGGUAUGUCAACAAUGAUGCAGGAAUCAUGUCUUGAGCUAUCUUGUCAGACAAUAAUAGGCCCACAAUGCUUGGAUAAUGGGAUCACACACAACAUUGAGACUCUGGAAGCAUCUGGAUAUCAGCAGAACAAAAAUUACGGCAGAUGCAUUAAAGAGGAGAGAAUAGAUGAAGGACAUACUAGUAGUGCCCUUGGCGGAAACAGUGGAUCAAGUGAAUGUGAGAUGACAGAAUCUACAGGAACUGCGUGUUCACACUGUAAGAAAAUAGAUGGGACAAGCAUUAAAGAGGAGAGAAUAGAUGAAGGAGAUAGUGCGCUCGAUGGAAACAGUGAAUGUGAGAUGAUAGAAUCUACAGGAACUGUGUGUUCACACUCAUCUGGAUCUCAGCAGAACAAAAAUUACGGCAGAUGCAUUAAAGAGGAGAGAAAAGAUGAAGGAGAUACUGCCCUUGAUGGAAACGGUGGAUCUUGUAAAUGUGAGAUGACAGAAUCUUCAGGAACUGUGUGUUCACACUAUAAGAAACUAGAUGGGACGAGCAUUAAAGAGGAGAGAAUAGAUGAAGGAGAUACAUGUAGUGCCCUUGGUGGAAACAGUGGAUCAUGUGAAUGUGAGAUGACAGAAUGUACAGGAACUGUGCGUUCACACUGUAAGAAAAUAGAUGGGACAAGCGUCAAAGAGGAGAGAACAGAUGGAGGAGAUAGUGUCCCUGAUGGAAACAAUGGAUCAAGUGAAUGUAAGAUGACAAUAUCUUCAGGAACUGUGUGUUCACACUAUAAGAAAAUAGAUGGGACAAGCAUUAAAGUGGAGAGAAUAGAUGAAGGAGAUACUGCCCUUGGUGGAAACAAUGGAUCAUGUGAAUGUGAGAUGAUAGAAUCUACAGGAACUGUGCGUUCACACUGUAAGAAAAUAGAUGGGACAAGCGUCAAAGAGGAGAGAACAGAUGGAGGAGAUAGUGUCCCUGAUGGAAACAAUGGAUCAAGUGAACGUAAGAUGACAAUAUCUACAGGAACUGUGUGUUCACACUAUAAGAAAAUAGAUGGGACAAGCAUUAAAGUGGAGAGAAUAGAUGAAGGAGAUACUGCCCUUGGUGGAAACAAUGGAUCAUGUGAAUGUGAGAUGAUAGAAUCUGCAGGAACUGUGUGUUCACACUGUAAGAAGAAGUGUAAAAUAACCGACACAAAUGCCAAAACACUUCAAUGUUUCUUUUGUGAUUGCUUUUUUUCUGAAGAAAACCAGCUUACAAAACAUCUCCAAAAUCAUGUUGGUGUAUUGAAUUCAGACACAUUUCAAUGUUCACAUUGUAACGAGUCGUUUUUGUCCAAUUCUGACCUUGUGAAACAUGAAAAAAUAUGUAAUAAGAAAAUUGAUGAAUGCAAUCAAAGUGCAAUUUUAUUUUCUAUAAUGGAGGGUGAAAAGAUGCGUAGAAAAACCCAUGUCAAAGAACAAAAUGGUCAAACAGUCAAAGCAUUGUGUCUAAUAGAUCAUAAUUGCAAACGUGAAUCACAAUCUCCAACAGAAGGAAAUCCUAAAGAAAAUAGCUUUGAAUGUCAACUUUGUAACAGCAUUUAUAAAACACAGUCAGAUCUUGACAAUCAUGUACAUGUUAAAGAAAUGUCAACCCAAACUGUGUAUCCAUGGUCAAAGUCUUAUGAAUGCAAACAUUGUGGCAAGAAAUUCAUCCAAAGUGGUCAUCUAAGUGAACACAUUAAAAUUCAUACAAAAGAGAUGCCCUUUCAUUGCACUUAUUGUGGCAAAAAAUUUGACAGAAAAAGUCAUCUGAAUGAACAUAUAAAAGUUCACACAAAGGAGAGACCUCAUCUAUGCAAAUAUUGUGGCAAGAAAUUCAACAAAAUUAAUCAUCUCAAACAACACAUUGAAAUUCACACCAAAGAGAAGCCUUAUGAAUGCACAUAUUGUGGCAAGAAAUUUACCAGAAAAUGGGUUCUAAGAAGACAUAUUAAAAUUCACACAAAUGAAAAGGAAAAGCCUCAUGAAUGCAAACAUUGUGGCAAGAAAUUCACCCAAAGUGUUCAUCUAAGUGAGCACAUUAGAAUUCACACCAAAGAGAAGCCUUUUGAAUGCACACAUUGUGGCAAGAAAUUUAUCAGAAAAUGGCAUCUAAUUAGACAUAUUAGAAUUCAUACACAGGAAAAGCCUUAUGCAUGCAAACAUUGUGGCAAGAAAUUCAUCCAAAGUAGUCAGCUAGGUAAACACAUUAAAAUUCAUACAAAAGAGAUGCCCUUUCAUUGCACUUAUUGUCGCAAAAAAAUCAACAGAAAAAGUAAUGUGAAUGAACACAUAAAAGUUCACACAAAGGAGAGACCUCAUCUAUGCAAAUAUUGUGGCAAAAAAUUCAUCACAAGUAGUCAUUUAAAUCGUCACAUUGAUAUUCACACCAAAGAGAAGCCUUAUGAAUGUACAUAUUGUGGCAAUAAAUUUCUCAGAAAAGGGGAUCUAAGAAUACACAUUCAAAUUCACACACAGGAAAAGCCAUAUGAAUGCAAACUUUGUGGCAAGAAAUUCAUCACAAGUAGUAAUUUAAAUCAACACAUUGAUAUUCACACCAAAAAGAAGCCUUAUGAAUGCACAUAUUGUGACAAGAAAUUUCUCAGAAAAUGGGCUCUAAGUAGACAUAUUAGAAUUCACACACAAGAAAAGCCAUAUGAAUGCAAACAUUGUGGCAAGAAAUUCAUCCAAAGUGGUCAGCUAGGUAAACACAUUAAAAUCCAUUCAAACGAUAUGCCCUUUCAUUGCACUUAAUACUGUGGCAAAAGAAUCAGCACAGAAAGUUAUUUGAAUAGACACAUUAGAAUUCACACCAAAGAAAAGCCUUAUGAAUGCUCAUUUUGUGGCAAAAGAUUCAGCAUAGAAAGUUAUUUGAAUAGACAUAUUAGAAUUCACA